AUGGCCCAAGAGCCGGACGAGGAGAAUCCAGCCGAGGCAUCUGGUCAUGGUGGGCACCACGCUUCGCAUCGCUCCUCUCAUCAUCAUCAUCCCAACUACGACGACGAUGGUCACAAUCGUAGGGCGAGCGGUGGAUGGCACCAUGUCAACCUUGGCCGCUCUCCCACGCACAGAUCCUCUCAUGGUGCCUCGGCUCAACAGCAACAGCAGUCGGGCGGUCUCAGGAGACCUACACAGCUACCCGUUCAGAACGAAGUGAUGCAGGAACAAGAAGAGGAAGCGGUAGAAGCAGGUGAUACUCAGGCGCAGAAGAGUCCUUUGAUGGAGGGACAACAUUACACUGAGCACAGUGGAGUCCCAGCCUCUGCUGCUACCAGCCAUGGUUACAGACCCAGCGUUGGAAGUCACAACACCCAAUUUGCAUACGGAGGCGAGGCUGCAUCGAGUCAGCAGCACCUGGUCGGCUCGGGCGCGCGUCAUGGUCCCGCCCAACAAAUGACUGUGGAUCAGAGCAAGCAGUCCGUCUUUGACAUGGCGCACGGAAAGAAGGACGGAGAUGCCAAGGACCACAUUGACGAUAUCAAUGAAAAGGUACCCAUUCGAAUGAGUCACUUGUUCAAGCGACCUCUCGUCCGCCAGUGGCUCUAUGAUGGUCAGCUGUAUCGCGAGUGCGAUGAACGUGAGCCCUCUCGCUUCGAGCUUUUCUUCGAUCUUGUCUUUGUUGGCGUGUGCCAUGCGCUCGCUGAUGGCGCUGCUGAGCACGCCAAUGGUCUCAAUGUCCUAAAGUUCGUGCUAGCAUUCUUUCCAGCCUGGAGCAUCUGGACCGACACGCGAGCAUACAUCAACACGAGUGGUACCGAUGACGUCUGGCAGCGAGUCUACAUUUUGCUCAUCAUGAUCCUGUUGUCAGGCUACGCUGCCAACGCUACUGGUGUCAAGAUCGAACCAUAUCACGGAGCCGAAGCUGGUCAUGGAGAGUCAGCCACUGGCGGUGAAGCGAGUCAUGAUGGGCAAAGCGAAGGAAGCGGCGUGGUCAUCGAGGCGCCAGGCUCGGCAGGUGGCGAUGGAGGCGAGACGCACUCAGUCGAAAGGCGGGUGGUCGAUUUUGCAGUUCGUGGCGGCAUCACUUUGCUCGCUCGAGCUGGUGGUGGUGAAGGGCCCGAACUCGAAGUCGUGAGACAGAUCGGCAAUUCCCAGUACUGGUUUGCAGAAGGCUAUCACAAGGCUCUUCAAGCAGCCAUCGGCUUCUACCUCGUCGCAAAGCUCUUCCGUCUUGCUUUGCUCUUCGUCUACGGUCUGCUGCUGCCUCGCUUCAGAAAGGCAAUGUGGCUCAACACCAUCUCUCUCGUCUUUAUCGCCUUCAUCUACUUGCCUCUGAUGUUCGUCACCUCGCCACGCCUUAUCCUCGGCUUCUCGUGCGCCGGUGUCGUAGCAGAACUCAGCAGUCGAUAUGUCGUUGCUGCUGCGCUACAGAUGGCGCACGGCAAGGCCAAACACGCCGGCAAGAAGACCUUCAUCCCCGCGCUAUCGCUCGAGCAUCUAAUGGAGCGCAUGACACUCUUCGUCAUUUUGGUCACCGGAGAGAUCCUCAUCGUCUCCUCAUACACGGCAUCGGGCGGAGACAUUGGACCACAUGACAAAUUCUGGCGAUCCGCUCUUGCAAUCACCAUCGCUUUCAGCAUCAUCUGGCUCUACUUUGAUGCGGAUGCCAGUCGCACCUUCGUCCACGCCCUCAGGCGGCAUUGGCUGCACUCCAUUUCUUGGACUCAUGUGCACUUCCCUCUUUGCGCUGCUCUGAUCUUGCUGGCUUCGGCGCUGGCCAAGCUGGUAGGCGAGCACGAAGUCGAGCAGGGCUUCUUGUGGUUCUUUGCUGGAUCAAUGUCUACCGUCAUGGUCUGCUUUGGUCUGCUCGGCCUGCUCCAUGGCUCGCUCGACGUCUACGGCUCGUCGCUCGUUCCCCACUGGUGGCGUAUCGCCCAGCGCUUUGGUCUCGCCAUCGCAUUCGCUCUCUUUCCUUUGCACGAAGGCUGGACUAGCGUUGGCUUCCUCGGCACAUACGCCGCCUUGCUCGUCAUCCAGGUAUUCACCGAGACCUUUGGCAAGCUCGGCGCAGUGGGUAGAGUGUACGACCACGAGCGAGCGGAAGCCUUGCGGGAGGCGCGCUCCAAAGCGCACCAGGACUCUUACAGCAGCACCUCGCAGCGGAUCGCAUCCGGCGGCUCGGGCACUUCGUCAGACAAGGAGAUUCCCAUGGAGCGCCUCACGGACGGUGCAGGUGGCGAGAAGAGGCGUGCUUCACAAGCUUCGGAAUCUCGCUGGGGUAUGGGCCAUGGUCGCAACCCGAGCGAGCUGCUGCACCUUAGCAGGAAGCUCAUCGACAAGGACUACGCCGUCCGAGCACCUGGCAAGAGGGACAGCUGGCACGCUUGGGAAGACCUUACGGGAGAAGAAAUCGGAGAGGAAGAUGUGGGAGUGGAGAGUCAGCUUGGAAACAUCGAAGCUAAGCACGUCUCGAGCGGUCAGAGGUGGGCUUACGCUGCUACUUGA